CGGACUUUCAAUGUCCGACUUUGUCUUGGUAUAUUAUUGAUAUUCGAAAGAUCCUCUGACCCGGAGGCGGCAUGGUGCAGCUAUACGAAUGUCCAUAUCCUAGAGUCUCACCACAAGACAAGCAUAGCUUCGCCUACGUGACGUUGAUCAAACGAUGGCCAACUAUCCUUCCUGGAGUCAUCAACACCGUUUCCAACGUCAAUCAUGAGCUGCACAGUCAAUCCAGUCCCGAAGCUCAGGACAAGCUCACAGAGGGCAAGGCAAUCAUAUCCAAAAUCUCCGCGUUAAAACAUGACAUGGGUCGGAACGGACAGCUAGUGGAUAUUGAGAACGACGGACAGGGAAAUGUCGACUGUUACAAUCGAGAGCUGGCCACGUUCACAGGGGAUCAACGAGGAUGGUCACACGUCAAUUGGCUCUUUGCCGAGUGCUACCUCUAUCGACGGCUGAGGAACUUCUUUGCUCUAACCAAACACUGGCGCGACUUUGACCCAUUCUUCCCCUCCAAAGCAGAGACGUACAAAUCGAGCUCCGCCGCCAUCAUCCAUUUAGCAAAAGCACUGAAUACCCUUGUGAGGCGGACAGACUUGAGCCAGGACUUUGAGAGGGAGGGCUCGGCCUUGGAAAUCGCGUUCCUGGAAAUGGUCCAAGCGGACCUCUGGGGGAACGCCACUGACCUCUCAUUACUGGUUGAUCUGAAGUAUGAAGACCUCCAAAAGCUGCAAGCUGUUGGUGCUGCUGCGCAGGCCGAGCAAGCCAAGUACAUACUCCGGAAUGACCUGCCGAAAGUGUGGGAAUACUUGAAGACAGUAAAAGACGGACGAUUGGAUAUCGUCAUGGACAACGCCGGAUUCGAGCUCUACACGGACUUCAUUCUGGCAGAUUUUCUCAUAUCAUGUACGCCCUUCGUCAAGGAGGUCGUAUUCCAUGGGAAGGCUAUCCCUUGGUUUGUCUCCGAUGUCCUACCGUACGACUUCACAUGGGCAAUUGACUCGCUUCUUGAUGUCUCUUUCUUCGCUUCAGCUUCCAAACCUCCAAAGGAGGGCGAGUCUGAAGAGCUAAAAACCCUGGCUACCAGAUGGAAGUCACAUUUAUCUUCGGGCAAAUUCAAACUUUCAGUCCCUCUGGAUACACCCCUCGGGGACGCGCAGAAUGAAGAGAUAGGAGGAUUCUGGACAACUCAGUACUCUUAUCAGGAUCUCCCGAAAGUCGCCCCGAAGCUGCUGGAAGAACUCCAAAAGAGCGACUUGGUUCUGUUUAAGGGCGAUCUAAACUACAGAAAACUGGUUGGAGAUGCUUGGUGGCCCACGACUACGCCUUUUGAGGAGGCGUUAGGGCCCCUUAAAGGCAAGAUCACUCUGCUGAGUUUGCGCACCAACAAGGCGGAUACGAUCGCUGGACUGCCAGAAGGUGUCGCCGAACGACUGAACAAGGAGGCACCAGAUUGGCGUACAUCCGGGAAGUAUGCUGUGGUGUCAUUCUGUGAGAAGCACGAGUCAUGAAGCCUGUCGCAAUCCCAUCGCAUAUGCAUUCAUGUCACAGUAGCC